UAUAUUAAUCUUUUAUUAACAUUUUUUUUGUUUGUUGUAAGCAAUAAGCUCAUUGUUUUUCCUGUCACUGUUUAAAUCCCCUUUCUGUAGAGUUAGAAAUAAGAAGACGAGAGGAUGAGUACAGAUUCACAAAGCUGCUUCAGAUUGCCGGGAUCAGUCCUCAUGGUAAUGCAUUAGGUGCAUCCAUGCAGCAACAAGUAAACCAACAGCUGCCUCAGGAGAAGCGAGGAGGCGAUGUGCUCGAUUCUAACCAUGAUGACAUCAAGCUGGAGAAAAGCAACAUCUUAUUGCUGGGACCUACUGGCUCUGGUAAAACACUUCUAGCACAAACAUUAGCAAAAUGUUUGGAUGUGCCCUUUGCUAUAUGUGACUGUACCACCCUAACCCAAGCUGGCUAUGUGGGAGAGGACAUUGAAUCUGUAGUUGCCAAACUGCUUCAGGAUGCAAACUAUAAUGUAGAAAAGGCACAACAAGGGAUUGUAUUCUUAGAUGAAGUUGAUAAAAUAGGCAGUGUUCCUGGCAUCCAUCAACUUAGAGAUGUUGGAGGAGAAGGUGUACAGCAGGGCUUGUUAAAACUUUUGGAGGGUACAGUUGUUAAUGUACCAGAAAAAAACUCACGGAAGCUGCGUGGAGAGACUGUACAAGUUGAUACAACGAAUAUACUUUUUGUGUCUUCUGGAGCAUUUAAUGGGCUUGACAGAAUUAUCAGCAGGAGGAAGAAUGAGAAGGAUGGUAAGAGUCCACAAGUGGUAUCCAAUAUCCAAGCAGUGAAGUCUACAAGACCACCAUGA